ACUAAAGACUCUUAACUCUUGACGUUUCUUUACAAAAAAUGUGAAGAUUGAAAGACUAUGGAUGGUGAUGUUUGUAUUGUUCUUAUUGACUAUAAUAACUAUUGACUAUUAAAGCCACGUUUUUAUUGUUAAACGUCUCAAACCGGCUCAAACAAUGAGAUCAAACAGGAGUCACUGGAUGCUCAAUCUAUAAUAUGUGACUAAGCUCCGUAGAUGUGACAUUAAACACUACUCAAACAGCUGCUGUUGCCUCAAGGCGGUUAACCUUUGUGUCGUCCUCCCGGGUCAAAUUGACCCCGUCUGUUUUGACUGUUCCUUCCUUCUUUCCUCCCUUCAUUCCUUGACUCGAGGACAACAGGAGGGUUAAAUAUGUUUCUUAUCCAGACUCAUAUCCAGUUCCUUCUCCUUCUCCUCCCCUUUGCACUGACAAAUAAAACAUUUUUUUUUUUUUUUUUUUACGAGAAUAUGUGAACUCUUGUGGAAGUACAAGUACAAGGUUCAUCUUCAGGUUGGUGGUCAAAGCAAACAGAGCAGACAGGUAGAGGAUGUUGCGUGUGUUGGUUCCUCUCGUACUGUUGGCCCUGACUGAGACGUCCACCUCACAGUCCGAUUCAGGCCUUGUCUCAGAGUACAGGUUAUUUGAUGUUGUGUGGGGCCCCAGCAACCCAGUGGCGACUACGAUUGCCAAUUCAUCUUUUUUCAUCGAGAAGCUGCGGUCUCGUAACCUGACGGAGAGCAGCUACAACAGAUUCAUCGACCAUGACGCGCAUUAUCUGCGUGGAAUCAGCCACGUACUGGAGGCCCCGAUUAAUAGUCUCCAGGAAGCAGAUGACGUGAGGUCACUACUGCAGGACACACUUAAACACUACACAAGCAGAAACCAGACCUCCCUUGCCUCACUUACCCCACCAUGGCUCAACUACACACUCAGGUGUUUCAAAUCUAUGGUUAAGGAGGAGCCGGUCUAUUGGCUGGUGGCUCUGUCAGCCCGGGCCUCUUUCCUUAACCUGCUGGUGGAGGGCCGGUGCAGUAAAGAUCAGGUCGAACAGUCCAGCACCUUCUACAAGCAGUGGUGCGACGACAAUAUGGUGGAGUCCCAUUGGAUGCAAAGGUACAAAACUAUUUUAGAGGGACACAAGGAUCAGAUAAAUCCCGAUACAGCCAUCAACAUCUUCAGAGUGCAGAUGAUGAACCAGAAGAGCUUCUACAGGGCUUUAGACCCUGAUAAAUGAUGACAAGGUGAAGCACUUUUCUCAACAACCUUUUGAAACAAGACUGAAACAGAGCAUCGGGAUCAAGGAAAUAACCUGAUAUAUCUUCCAUGAUUUUUUCUUGUACUCACAAUACCUUAUGUCAAAAAUGUUGAAUUUAAGAUACAUUAGACUUGCCUUUUGAAUAUGGUGAGGUAUGAAGUGAAAU